AUGGUGAAGACCCACCACGUCCUCGCGGCACUGGCUGCCGCGGCGACGCUCACGACCGCCAUGAUCGGUAACGACCAGGCCAUCUUUGUCCUCGAUGCUGGACCGUACCUCACUUUUUCGCGCAUGGACCCGAUCGUCAGUCCUGGGGGCGUGGCUGGCCACGUCCACAUGAUUGCCGGCGCGUCCAACUUCCGCAACGUCCUCAACACGCCCGAGGAGCAGCAGCGCGCCAAGUGCACAACUGUGUCCAUCACGGCCGACAAGUCCAACUACUGGGUCCCGGCCAUGUACUGGAUGGAGAAGAACAACACCUAUUCGAUCAUGAAGCCGUACAACCGCAUCUACUACAUGGGCAACACGGCCGCGGGCAAGAUGCAGCCCUUCCCUCCGGGCUUGCGCAUGUUGUCUGGUCUCUCUGGCGAGCGCAAGGAGGGCGCCAACCAGGUCCUCGGCGUCUACUCCAACAUGGAGCGUGGCACCACCAACCGCCAGUUCAUCAUGAACGGCACGCAACACCCGAACGCGCCAGACUACAUCAUGUCCAACGUCAACUUCCCCUCGUGCGGAUGGGCCAACCAGUCGCUCGACUCGCCGGACCACUUCUCGCACAUGGCCUGGCCCAUCUACGCCGGUGGCGGUCAGGUCACCAUGGACCCCUACCAGGCCAUUUGCCCCGACACCCACCCGAUCAAAUACCCGCACCUCUUCAUCGAGUCCAUCUUUUACCUCAGCGACACGCAAAAGGCCAACUGGAACAAGGAAGGUCCCAAUGUUAUCCUCUCAAACGGAGACACGACAGGUACUAACUGGCACGGUGACUUUGUCAACGGUUGGCCGACGGACGUUUUGGCCGAGGCAAUUGACAACUGCCGUGUCGGCGACCACAUCCAGGACUGCCCUGCCAUUUCCAAGUUUAUCCAGUCGGACGUGGCGCGCGACAAGUGUCGCCUGGAGGGCAUGAUCCCCAACGAAGACGUGGGUCUGACCGGUGCCAUUGCCGAGUUGCCCGGCUGCAACAAGCGCUGGGACUGGACCGGCUCGCGCCCCACAUGCGACUCUACCCCCACGCCCGGCUACGUCGCCCCGCAGUACCAGUUCAACUCGUACUGGUUCUCGCUGCCCAUGGUCCUGCCCAAGAUCGCCCCGUCCACAAAGCCCUCGGACAUCCCGGCCAACCUGGACGUCGACUAUCUCGACUACCAGCCGCGCGUCGGGCCAUGGGCGACGUACUACGACUGGUCGACCCCCGUCGACAUUCCCGACGUCACCCACGCGUCCCAGGACACCGACUAUGCAUCGGGCGCCGGCAUCGACCUCGCCGCCGUGCCCGGCCAGCAGGACUCGUCCGACUACCGCAACGAGAACCCUGCGACCACCGUGGACGCCGCGGCCGUGGCGGCCGUGGGACCCUACCCGACCCACUACACCGCGUCGUGGCUCUGCAAGAACGAUCCGACGUGGUACGGCAUGCCGUGUGUUGAGCCGACCGCAGGCGCUUCCGACAACGCUGCCCCCGCACCCACCGCCGUCGCGACCCCGACUGCAGUUGCCAGUGGCUCCGCGGACGGCUCCACGACCGACCGUGGCAGCAGCAGCAUCGGUGCGCCGGCCGAUUUCAAUGGCUCGGCAGCCACCGACGGCUCGUCGGCGCCUGUUUCCGGCAACCUCGCCGCCCUCCCGACCCCCACGGCCGACCUCGUCGCCACGGCCCCGGCUGAAAACAACGCUGCCGUGACGGGUACGGCCUCGCCUGACGAUGCCAGUUCCAUCGAAGCUAGCGUUGGCGGAGGCGGAGGCACGGACGGUGUGACGGUUGCCACAGUCGCCACGCCCGUCGUCACCACUGCCGCCACGGGCGCCGUCGUCGGUACGGGCGCGGCGGCGGCAGCCUACCCCGCGGUGACGGGCAAGAAGAAGUGCAAGCGCUCGCGCCGCCGCCGCAGCCGUCCUGCCCACAGGCUCAGCCUCUAG